AUGCCGACACACUCUCGCUCUACGGAAGCGCCCGAAGAUCAGCCACGAAGCAGACUGCGUCUGACAGACUUUACUGUCACGAUACCGGACAGCAAGGCUCGCCCGUCCACGUCAGAGGCACAGCCGUCCCGAUGGGGGUCAAAGGAGUUCAUGUUCUACGGGUUCGCGCUCGUACUCGUGCUGCCGGUGAUGAUAUACUGGCCAACUAGAUUGAGUACACCUUUACAUCCAAACUGGGGCGACUACUCGCACCGUCUGAGUCCCGGCUGGCUCUUUGCUCGGCCAGUCGACAAUAGCGACGCCCAGUAUCGGUCCUUCCGGAACGGUCUACCUGGCCUACUCGCCCUUGGUUCCGUCUACCUCCUUGCCUCGACCGUCCACUCACGCAUCUCCCCGUCCGCCAAGUCUAGGUCGGACUUCCUCCUUAUCUCCUCCAUCCUCACCCUGAUCGCCCUGCACGGUCUGUCUGCCUGGAAAGUCAUCGCUAUACUCUAUGCCAAUUAUCGGCUCGUCAAGUCCUCGCUUCCCCCUCUGGCCGGCCGAUUCUGGCCAGGACUCCUCAUCGCAGCGAAUAUGGGUAUACUCCUCCUCAACGAAAUGUAUAAUGGGUAUGAUCUUGGACGGCUUCAUCCGCUGCUGGAGACACCAUCUGCUUUGCGAGGGGUACUGCCGGUCUGGCAUGCCCACUUCAACAUCACGAUGCUUCGGAUAGUAUCCUUUGGUUUGGACUACCACUGGAGAGAACGCGCCUCUCAGGCUGAACAGGUACCGACUGAUCAUCGAAGCCGCACUACCCGCAGUCUGUCGGAAGACCAGUACUCGCUUUCGAACUGUAUCGCCUACUGCUUAUAUCCGCCUCUGUACAUCGCUGGGCCGAUCAUCACCUUCAACGACUUUAUCUGGCAGGUAAACGCACCUCUGAAGAUCACCGUUCGCGAGCGAGCGUUAUACGCAUUCCGCUUCGUCUGCUCCUUCCUUACCAUGGAAGCGGUCCUGCAUACCAUGUAUGUGGUGGCGAUCAAGGAUACAAAGGCUUGGGCUGGCGAUUCUCCUGCGGAUCUGAGCAUGAUAGGUUUCUGGAAUUUGGUCAUAGUUUGGCUGAAACUACUUCUACCUUGGCGCUUUUUCCGGCUUUGGGCACUUCUGGACGGAGUAGAUCCUCCAGAGAACAUGAUCCGCUGUGUGGCCAACAACUACUCGACUUUGGGCUUCUGGCGAAGCUGGCAUAGGAGCUACAAUCUCUGGGUCGUCCGAUACAUCUAUAUACCGGUCGGCGGAUCGAAGAACGCCGCUCUGGCAACACUGCUCGUCUUCACCUUCGUCGCACUAUGGCACGAUCUCUCAUUCAAGCUGCUGGCUUGGGGAUGGCUUGUCAGUCUCUUAAUCCUGCCUGAGCUGGCCGCGAGGAAGCUGCUCCCCUAUAGCAAAUAUGGGCACGAGCCAUGGUAUCGCCAUGUUGCCGCAGUGGGCGGUGUCGUCAACAUGCUCUUCAUGAUGUCUGCCAAUCUCGUCGGCUUCGUCCUUGGUCUGGACGGGGUGAAGCACCUGGUGGUGCAGCUCACAUCUACUGUCACCGGCUGGAUCUUCUUCACCUUCUCUUGCUUCUGCUUGUUCAUCGGCGUGCAGCUCAUGUUCGAGUAUCGAGAGGAGGAGAGAAGAAGAGGGAUUGAUAGGAGAUGUUGA